GACUAAAGAACUUUGUAUGAAGGAUUCAGACGGAGACGGAAGAACAAACGGACAGGAACUUGGUGACCCCAACUGUGUUUGGGAAGAAAAUUCAAUCCCUGAGACAGAUCAGGGAAUUUCGCACCCAGGGGUAUGCGAGCCUUACGAUAGCGACUUGUAUAGUCCCAAAAACACCCAACUGAACUGCGAGCUGGAGAGUUUCAAGUGUGAUGCCAUAAAGAGUUCAGAUGUGAAAAAUGUAACUAUCAGAGUUCCGAAGACAACGGUUCCUGAUUCAGAGACGAACUAUUAUUGUAUGACCUUUGACCUUCCGGCGGAUGGUGACUACCACAUCAUUGCUACGACUCCAGAGAUUGAAACGUGAACGUAAUGCACCACAUACUAGUGUACGACUGUGAUGAAGAUAAGCAGGCUAUGUUCACUGAACCUCAACCAUGUCAGAUGGGUUCAUCGAGCUGUACCACCUUAUUUGGGACAUGGGGUGUUGGAGCCACUGGCCAAUGUAUUAACAAAGACGCAGGGUUUCGAGUAGGAACAAAGGGAAUGAAAAGAGUCAUGAUGCAGGUUUUAUAUUUUGUUCUUUCAAGUAA